UUAUUUAGAUUGUAAAGAAUUUUAACAUUUCUGAGGAUUUCCUCGAAGGAUCAUUUUUACUUUGCUCAAAAGAAAGCUCUGAACCUAUCAAGAUUUUUAAAGAAGUCCUUAGAGUGGGUUACAUAUAUAGAUGUUUUCAUGAAGAGGAGUGAAAAGCCAGAAGGGUAUAGACAAAUGAGGCCUAAGACCUUUCCUGCCAGUAACUACACUGGCAGCAGCCGCCAGAUGUUGCAAGAAAUUCGGGAAUCCCUUAGGAAUUUAUCAAAACCAUCUGAUGCUGCUAAGGCUGAGCAUAACACGAGCAAAAUGCCAACUGAAGAUCCUCGACAAGUCAGAAAUCCACCCAAAUUUGGGACCCAUCAUAAAGCAUUGCAGGAAAUUCGAAAUUCUCUACUACCAUUUGCAAAUGAAACAAGUUCUUCCUCCCGAAGUACUUCAGAAGUUAAUCCACAAAUGCUUCAAGACUUGCAAGCUGCUGGAUUUGAUGAGGAUAUGGUUAUACAAGCUCUUCAGAAAACGAAUAACAGAAGUAUAGAAGCAGCAAUUGAAUUCAUUAGUAAAAUGAGUUACCAAGAUCCUCGACGGGAGCAGAUGGCUGCAGCAGCUGCCAGACCUAUUAAUGCCAGCAUGAAACCAGGGAGUGUGCAACAAUCAAUUAACCGCAAACAAAGCUGGAAAGGUUCUAAAGAAUCCUUAGUUCCUCAGAGACAUGGCCCAUCACUAGGAGAAAGUGUGGCUUAUCAUUCUGAAAGUCCCAGCUCGCAGACAGAUGUUGGAAGGCCUUUGUCUGGAUCUGGUAUAACAUCAUUUGCUCAAGCUCACCCUAGCAACGGACAGAGAGUGAACCCCCCACCACCACCUCAAGUAAGGAGUGUCACUCCUCCACCACCUCCAAGAGGCCAGACUCCUCCUCCAAGAGGUACAACUCCACCUCCCCCUACAUGGGAACCAAACUCUCAAACAAAGCGCUAUUCUGGGAACAUGGAAUAUGUAAUCUCCCGAAUCUCUCCCGUUCCACCUGGGGCAUGGCAGGAGGGCUAUCCUCCACCACCUCUUAACACAUCCCCAAUGAAUCCUCCUAAUCAGGCACAGAGAGGCAUUAAUUCUGUUCCUGUUGGCAGGCAACCAAUCAUUAUGCAGAGUUCUAGCAAAUUUAACUUUCCACCAGGGAGACCUGGAAUUCAGAAUGGCAGUGGUCAAACUGAUUUUAUGAUGCACCAAAAUGUUGUCCCUGCUGGCACUGUGAAUCGGCAGCCACCUCCUCCAUAUCCUCUGACCCCAACUAAUGGACAAAGCCCUUCUGCUUUACAAACAGGGGGAUCUGCUGCUCCCUCAUCAUAUACAAAUGGAAAUAUUCCUCAGUCUAUGAUGGUGCCAAACAGAAAUAGUCAUAACAUAGAACUGUAUAACAUUAAUGUACCUGGACUGCAAACAAAUUGGCCUCAGUCAUCUUCUGCUCCAGCCCAGUCAUCCCCAAGCAGCGGGCAUGAAAUCCCUACAUGGCAACCUAACAUACCAGUGAGGUCAAAUUCUUUUAAUAACCCACUAGGAAAUAGAGCAAGUCACUCUGCUAAUUCUCAGCCUUCAGCUACAACAGUCACUGCAAUUACACCAGCUCCUAUUCAACAGCCUGUGAAAAGCAUGCGUGUGUUAAAACCAGAACUACAGACUGCUUUAGCCCCUACACACCCUUCCUGGAUACCACAGCCUAUUCAAACUGCUCAACCCGGUCCUUUUUCUGAGGGGACCACUUCAAAUAUGACUGUUAUGCCACCUGUUGCUGAAGCUCCGAACUAUCAAGGGCCACCACCACCCUAUCCAAAACAUCUGCUACACCACAACCCAUCUGUUCCGCCAUAUGAAUCCAUCAAUAAACCUAGCAAAGAGGACCAACCUAGCUUGCCCAAGGAAGACGAGGGUGAAAAAAGUUUUGAAAAUGUCGAUAGUGGGGAUAAAGAAAAGAAACAGAUUACAACUUCACCCAUCACCGUAAGGAAAAACAAGAAAGAUGAAGAGCGAAGGGAAUCUCGUAUUCAAAGUUAUUCUCCUCAGGCAUUUAAAUUCUUUAUGGAGCAACAUGUAGAAAAUGUACUCAAAUCUCAUCAGCAACGUCUACAUCGUAAAAAACAAUUAGAAAAUGAAAUGAUGCGGGUUGGAUUAUCUCAAGAUGCCCAGGAUCAAAUGAGAAAGAUGCUUUGCCAAAAAGAGUCUAAUUACAUUCGUCUUAAGAGGGCUAAAAUGGACAAGUCUAUGUUUGUGAAGAUAAAGACAUUGGGAAUAGGAGCAUUUGGUGAAGUCUGUCUAGCAAGAAAAGUAGAUACUAAAGCUUUGUAUGCAACAAAAACUCUCCGAAAGAAAGAUGUUCUGCUUCGAAAUCAAGUUGCUCAUGUUAAAGCUGAGAGAGAUAUCCUGGCUGAAGCUGACAAUGAAUGGGUAGUUCGUCUAUAUUAUUCAUUCCAAGAUAAGGACAAUUUAUACUUUGUAAUGGACUAUAUUCCUGGGGGUGAUAUGAUGAGCCUAUUAAUUAGAAUGGGCAUCUUUCCAGAAAAUCUGGCAAGAUUCUACAUAGCAGAACUUACCUGUGCAGUCGAAAGUGUUCAUAAAAUGGGUUUUAUUCAUAGAGAUAUUAAACCUGAUAAUAUUUUGAUUGAUCGUGAUGGUCAUAUUAAAUUGACUGACUUCGGCCUCUGCACUGGCUUCAGAUGGACACAUGAUUCUAAGUACUAUCAGAGUGGUGACCAUCCACGGCAAGAUAGCAUGGAUUUCAGUAAUGAAUGGGGUGAUCCCUCGAACUGUCGAUGUGGAGAUAGACUGAAGCCACUAGAACGAAGAGCUGCACGCCAGCACCAGAGAUGUCUAGCACAUUCUUUGGUUGGGACUCCCAAUUAUAUUGCUCCUGAAGUAUUGCUACGAACAGGAUACACACAGUUAUGUGAUUGGUGGAGCGUUGGUGUUAUUCUUUUUGAAAUGUUGGUGGGACAGCCUCCUUUCUUAGCACAAACACCAUUAGAAACACAAAUGAAGGUUAUCAAUUGGCAAACAUCUCUUCACAUUCCACCACAAGCUAAACUGAGUCCUGAAGCUUCUGAUCUUAUUAUUAAACUUUGCCGAGGACCAGAAGAUCGCUUAGGCAAGAAUGGUGCUGAUGAAAUAAAAGCUCAUCCAUUUUUUAAAACAAUUGAUUUCUCCAGUGACCUGAGACAGCAGUCUGCUUCAUACAUUCCUAAAAUCACACACCCAACAGAUACAUCAAAUUUUGAUCCUGUUGAUCCUGAUAAGCUAUGGAGUGAUGAUAAUGAGGAAGAAAAUGUCAAUGACACUCUCAACGGAUGGUAUAAAAAUGGAAAGCAUCCUGAGCAUGCUUUCUAUGAGUUUACCUUUCGGAGGUUUUUUGAUGACAAUGGUUACCCAUAUAAUUAUCCAAAGCCUAUUGAAUAUGAAUACAUUAAUUCACAAAGCUCAGAACAACAGUCGGAUGAAGAUGAUCAGCACAGAGGCUCAGAGAUCAAAAAUCGAGAUCUAGUAUAUGUUUAACACACUAGUAAAUAAUUGUAAUGAGGAUUUG